AACCAUCAGUUUGUAUCCAUCAUCUCAAAUUAGCAGCAUGUUCCUGCAGAAUAUUUGCAUCUGUGCCGGCAUCAUGCUGUCCCUCCCUCAGUGCACGUAUCAGUCAUGCACCGAAGGGACACCCAGACAGUGCAUCGAGGCAGAAUUUGUUCCAGGUACCAAUUUGGCCGGGGAAGGCUUCGACAUCACCAAAAUGGAACGAAAGGGGGCCUUUGUGCUCAACAUGAAUCAGUGGAAACGCAAGGACAAAACGUGCAUCCUGUGUAGCAACCCCUAUCUGGAGAACAAAAAACAAAAGCUCCCCUUGUCGGUGGUGGACUGGAGGCCAAAACAGUCCUGCAGCAUGAAAGUGACCAGUAAACUCCACAGAUCCAGUGAAUCUCUGGUCAGUUCCAGCACCUCUUCUGUUGAAAACAACUGGGGGAUGAAUCUAGACGUUAAUGUGGGUGAAAAAGGUGGCUCAGUGAUGCUGGCUGGUACCAAUUCUAAACUGGCUGAGUAUUCCAUGGAAAAAACAAAGAAUGACAAGUUCAGCUUCACGAGUCAAAGCAUGUUGUGUGAGUACUACAGCUACCGAGUUUCCAGCAAAACAAAGCUGCACAGAGAAUUUCACCAAGCAGUAAAGCAACUCCCCAAAACCUAUAGCCCUGAACACAAGAAACAAUUUUACAAACUGAUUGACAACUUUGGCACUCAUUACAUCACCAAGGUGAAGUUGGGAGGAAGUGUUCAAUCUGUGACCAGCAUCAAGCAGUGCCAGGCCAGCCUGCAGGGCCUCAGCGUGGAGGAGGUGAAUAUGUGCCUGGAAGUUGAAGCGUCUGCCAGCAUCCACGCCACAAUAAAAACUCAAGCAAAACACUGUAAGAAGGACAUCGAGAAGACAGACAGUAAAUCGGCCUUCUCCAGCCUCUUCAACGACAGGUUCACAGAAAUAAAGGGGGGUCAUACCACAGAGCCAGACCUUCUCUUCUCCGCUGACAAAAAUCCAUCGGCCUACAAAGAAUGGCUGAACACACUCCCACAGAAUCCAGACAUAGUCUCAUAUUCUCUGGACUCACUUCAUGAGUUACUGCCUACGAACACACCUGCCCGGAAGAACCUGCGCUCAGCCAUUAGCCACUACAUCCUGGAUAAAGGCCUGUGGAGGAACUGCAGUGAACGCUGUCAGGCCGGCAUCAAGAGCAACCCAAGGGAUCCCUGCGUCUGCCAAUGCCACAAUGACCCUGCUGUAAAUGCUGACUGCUGCCCAACCCGUAAAGGCAUGGCACGCGUCAUCAUAACCGUGCAACGGGCCUCUGGUCUUUGGGGAGACUGGUUCACUUCCGCAGAUGGUUAUGUGAAGGUGUUUAUCAACAAACAGCUCUGGCGGUCUCCUGUCAUUUACAACAACAACAACCCACACUGGGCAAUGGUCAUCGACGUGGGCUCUCACGAUGUGUCCUCGGGACAGAAAGUGAGAUUUGAAGUGUGGGAUGAGGACAACAAAUGGGACGACGACCUGUUGGGAGCAUGUGAGCGAGUUCUGUCUACAGGAGUCAAGCAGGAUUUCUGUAAUCUGAACAAUGGUAACCUGUUCUACAAAUUGGACGUGAAAUGUGCUCCGAGUCUGAGUGGAAAUUCAUGCACGGAGUAUAAACCUUCACCUAUGAGUCAAAGUCUGAAGAAGCUGUAUGUGUCCCGUCAUGCCCACCCUGUUCCAAAGGCCGUCCUGUUAGAGAUGGGUGUGUUUGUGGACGAAUCCAGUUCACAGAGAAACCAGAGUCUCACUGCGCAGAGCCAAAAGUUUGAUGAGAUAUAACAACCAUGUUUGGUUUUACUGAAACUUACAUUGAAGGCAUUACCAACAUUUUUAUAGUAUUGAUGAGAAUGAAUAAUAAAGCAAAAGGCAUUAUCAUUCAUAAGUCUUGUCCCACAUUAAAUCUCUCUCAACAAACGACGAGAAAUAUAUCAGUAGUGUUGACAAAAUGGCUGCAACUCAAUUUCAGGAAAAUAUCCCUUAUAUCUUGUAUGUUCAUUUUUUCUUUUAAGUUAAAGGUCCUAUAUUAUAUAAACUGAGAUUCCUGUGUCUUCUUUGAUUAUAAAGCAGGUCUAGGUUCUAUAUUAAUACCAGAGUGUAUCAAAGCGCUCAGUCCAUAGAA